UUCUCAUCUCUGGACCAUUCUUCGUCAUCCUGACAUUCGUCUUUCUCGCGAGUUCUGAUUGGUUAACGACCACACAAAUUACAGCAACACAUCCACGUGUCCAGGGCAUUUCUUUCCAUGCAGAACACCCUCUCCAGUUAAGAAAAUUGAAAAUUAUGCAAGAUGUUGACAAAACCAAAGAUUACUCCAAAUGUUCAGAACAAACGGAUAUCGUUUUUCUUAAAGUUCACAAAGCCGGAAGUUCAACAGUAUCUAACAUUCUACAAAGAUUCGGUUCAUCACGAAAGCUAAAUUUUGUUCUUCCAAAGAAAACAUCACAUGAAUAUGGAUACAAUUACAUAGGUGAACCCGGGGAUUCCGUUUACGCUGAAAACAUUCUACCCGUGCCGACAGGUGAACAAUACAACAUCAUGUGUAAUCACGUGACGUACAAUAGCACAGCCUUCAGGCAUAUAUUCCCAAUGAAUCGCUUUUUCUAUUUGUCUGUUAUACGUACACCUCUGGAACACUUUCUGUCGGUAAUUCGGUAUUACGGAUAUUCAAAAAAUAGCUAUAUACAGAAUAUAUUAUCAAUCCGAAAUGGAAAUCCCUUAUCGGAAUAUUUAAAAUCGCCUGAGGAUUAUGAACCAAUUAUUCCGUAUUUUUCUUACACCAACAAUAGACAAAGUGUGGAUUUGGGCCUGCCGAUAGACGCCAUUGGUAAUGUGUCAGCAAUCCGUGCUUAUGUUGACAUCAUUCGGAGAGAUUUUGAUUUCGUUAUGCUUUUAGAAUACUUUGACGAAUCAUUGAUUUAUCUUAAAAGAAAGCUGUGUUGGUCCUACAAGGAUAUCAUCUACCAUCCUAAGAAUAGCCGAUGGAAUAAUGAGAAACAUACAUUAUCCGUACAGGAUCUAGAUCGAUUACGAUGGUGGAACAGUGCCGAUUAUAUACUAUAUGAAGAAUUACACGGGGACUUCUGGGAAAAAAUAAGAAAUGCCGGAGCAGACUUUUUUGACGAAGUUCUACAUUUCAAGCGUAUUACUGAAAUGGUUAGGCUAUAUUGCGCGAACGUUGACGUCACCGAUGACCUAGAGGUCAAGGCAUCAAGGUGGGAGGCGAACUUCACUAUCACAGCUGUAGACUGCCUUAUGCUGGGACUUGAUGAGCUUCAGUUUCUCGAUAAGAUAUAUUUUGAAAACUAUGGAAUUGUUCAAACCAAACCUAUAUAGGACCUGUGAAACUCUAGAGCAGUGUUCUCAACCUAGCGUAUGAUUAUUUAAUAUUCAGUUGCUCUGGGAUAGUCGCGUGAUUUGAGGAAUCAUAAUUCGUUUAUUGACCAUUUUCUGACUAAUUCAAAGGAUACAAAUGAAAUAUGGCAAGUUCACAACAUCAUCAAAUGAAGAUUGGUUUUAGUGAUGCAUGCCCGUCACAUAUUCUGUGAUAAAGGGGUAAUGAAUUGUCUGUUUGACGCUGACCUGUUGUUCUACAUAUUUUCAAUCAUAUCCGUCCUUGCAAUUAUGUAAUAUAUAUAUAUAUAUAUCAUAUCAUAUCACAUGUAUUAUAUUACAUUGUAUCAUAUAUGAUAUAGGAUGUUUCGUCCUGUAAAGUUGUAACUGUAAUUGACGUACUCAGAAUAACUAAAUGAUUUAUAAAUAGCUACACGAGUGAUUAAUCUUUGUAAUGUGUGGUAACAUAGUAUAUAUCGGUGUGUUUUUCGUAAACACCGACAUUAGUUUCAGGAGCUGUAUACCUCACUAAGGCGAGAAUGACGUUUUAGAGGUAUCGUAAUUACCCUGUAUCCAUAUAGCAAAGCGAUAUGUGUCACUAUAAAGAUACACGACAAAAGAAAGAGCUCUCUAACAUUCAUUUCAUUUAGUAUUAAAUGAAAUUAAAGAGUUAUUAAAUGAAUUAUCAUAUUGAGUUGAAAAGGUCAAACAAUGUAGUCUUCAUGAUGCCAAAGUUAGCUCACAUUUUAAACAUCCCUAUUGGUUAAUUGAUCAUGUGCACAGCAGUCCCUGAUCGAAAGGACACGUCAUGUAUCAAUUAGAUUUGUUUUCACUACCCUCAAUCACACGAGGAAAAUCGUUGCUUCAAUUCCCUGCCUUAGACGGUUAAUAAUGCGGAGUCAUUUAUUAGUAAGCGUGGAUUAUAUGUCUUGUACAAUCACUUAUUUUUAUGCCUCCAAAGUUAUCCCAUAUUCAAAAAAGAUUCUCACAAAAUGAUAUUAGUGCACCUUCCCUUUUUACGUUCAAACAUUUCUGUUGACUGAUAAAGUCCUCUCCACAUUUUUUUUUUCAUUCAGACGGAACUUUGGUGAAGACGACGCAGGUAUACUGGAAAUCGAAGCGUCGCUCACCAUGAUUUUUCUGUCAGCUGGACAGGCAGCUGAUUAAACAGUGAUAUUGGAAAUUGUAAUAAGAGUAUGUGAGGGGAAUGUUCAUAUUAAACGUGCUGUUUGGUUGUUUGAUGGACAUACGAAACUAAUAUCGAAUGUAGCAGCUGCAUACACCAUCCCCGAGACCAGGAACGGAUGCGAAAUUAAUGUUCAAUCUUGAGUUUCAUAAGGCGAAUAUUGAUUGUCCAUUUUAGAUUCGUGAAACUGCACAUUUGAAGUUGUAUUGUAUUCAAAUGACAUCACCGUUUGUCGUGCCAGAUUAUGGACUGGUUGUGGUCACCGUUUGCUGUGCCAGAUUCUGGACUAGUUGUGGUCACUGUUUGCUGUUUCAGAUUUUAGACUAUUUGUGGUCACUGUUUGCUGUGCCAGAUUUUAGACUAGUUGUGAUCACCGUUUGCUGUUUCAGAUUUUAGACUAUCCGUGGUCACCGUUUGCUGUGCCAGAUUUUAGACUUGUUGUGGUCACCGUUUGCUGUACCAGAACUUAGACAUGUUGUGUCACUGUUUGCUGUGCCAGAUUUUAGACAUGUUGUGUCACUGUUUUCUGUGCCAGGUUUUAGACUUGUUGUGGUCACCGUUUGCUGUGCCAGAUUUUAGACAUGUUGUGUCACUGUUUGCUGUGCCAGAUUUUAGACAUGUUGUGUCACUGUUUGCUGUGCCAGGUUUUAGACAUGUUGUGUCACUGUUUGCUGUGCCAGAUUUUAGACAUGUGUCACUGUUUGCUGUGCCAAGUUUUAGACAUGUUGUGUCACCGUUUGCUGUGCCAGAUUUUAAACUGGUUGUGGUCACCGUUUUCUGUGCCAGAUUUUAGACAUGUUGUGUCACCGUUUGCUGUGCCAGAUUUUAAACUGGUUGUUGUGUAUUUUUCUUUUGUAGCUCCAACGGCUCACUGUAGGUUAUGUCUAAUAAUACCAAAAUAAAACAUGCAGGAACGAGAUAACUCAACAGUGUUUUUAGCCCAGUCAAUGAAGGGUUUUACCUUGACAUAACUGUAACAUAUUUCUUUUUCGUCCUAAUUGGGGUCAAGACAUUAAUUAAUAUAUUGUCUUGUUACAUAUGUAACAUGUUCUUAAAUAGUGUUAAUUAUUUGCUUUCAUGCAAUAUGAUUUAUUAACCAAGUUGGGUUAUUGGGCUUAAAAAAUCCCUAUUGAAUGAAUGAUUUCCCAAUUAUGCAAAUUGCAUGUUAUUAUGAAAGGCUAAAUUUGAAAAAAAACUCACGAAACCAUUUUCUGUGAAUGUUCUCCUAAGUAGAAAUUACAUAUUGCUUAAGAUAAUUAGAAAGUAUGAAGGAAAUCAGGUUGUCCAAUACCAUUUUUGUGUGCAUAGGACAGUUUUGUUAUGUGAUUAAUAAAUAUUUCUACAUUGAUAACCAAAAUUAUAUGGUCCUGCUAAUUUGGCCAAAAUACAGAGAGGUGACAAAAUUUUAAAUAAAAUUAUGAAGUUAUAUGCAGCUUGAACUAAGAUUGAUUUCAUAAAAACAUCUACAUGUAUUAUAUUAUGACUCUUCUGGCAAAGUAAACAGGCAAUCGGACAAAUCUCGCUCUAUAAACAACAGUUUUUGUUGUUCGUGGACUUUUACUGUUCAAUACUGAUAUUUUCACUGCUUGACCUACCAUAAAAGUAUUUUAGAUUAACGAAGCACAUGCACAAAUGGUUAUAAAACAAAAGCAUUGGCUUGCCCCUUUAAUUCAAUAUCGACAAAAAUAACACUAACAAUUUCAAAAUUUGAUGUUCAAUGAUUUUAAUGUGCAUGUACUUUCGGUAAUAUAUGAAAAUUGAAUCCCAUAUUUUUAGAAGUUUAAUAUAAACUUAUUUUCCUUUUUUCAUUAGUUAAUGAUAAAUUCUGUAUUAAAACAAAAGCCAUUAUUGCCAAGUUGAAAUGAUUUCAAGCCAUAUUGAUAGUUCUUUUUUUUUUUAAAUCUCAUACCCAAGCUGCGAAAAAAAGUAAAUAUAUGCAAUAUCUUAGUUGGUCUUUCUAAACUGUAUUUUUUAUAUACAUUAGUACAUAGGAGGUGAAUUUUACAUUGCAAAGAAGAACAAAAUUCUGUUGCCAAUACUGUAUUCAUGUAAAACUUGCAUAUUCCGAUGACGUCAUAUUGUUAACAUGUUCCGCGUUAUGUCUUCACUGCUUGACACGAAGACUGCAUUUGUGCUUUCAGUGUUUUAUAAAUACUAAAGGAACAUCAAACAAAUCUAUGAAUAUAGUGUUUAAAAUGGCAAAUUACGUAUAUGACUUCUACUUUCACUUUGUUACUGUAAUCCUGAUUGGUCGGGAUCAGCUGUCAUGGCAACGACGAUGACCAUUGUUAAGCUACAAUAUUGCACAGAUAAAUAUAUGUGUACUGGACGCAGGUUGCUAGACCUCUAAAUCAAGAUAUCUGCCUCUCGGCUCUCCUAGCUGUUCCUAUGUAUAUGAUUAAAACAUUGGGACUCUGGAUCAGUGAUGCGUCUUUCCGCUUCAUAGAAUCACGAACUUUGAUGCUUAAACUUAAUUAAUACAAUCCAAAGGUUAAUACGUGAACCAUCCAAACGUUAAUACCAUAAAACACUUAAUACCAUCCAAAAGUUGAUACUUUCCAAGACUUAACACCAUCCCAAACUUAAUACCAUCCCAAAAGUUAAUACCAGCUCAAACUUAUUACAAUCCAAACUUAACAACCUCCUAAACUUAACAACCUCCUAAACUUAACAACCUCCUUAACUUAACAACCUCCUAAACUGAACAACAUAUUUAACCUAAUACCAUCCAAAACUUAAUACCACCUAAUGCAACAGUUACUAUUUGAUUACGUAGAGUCAGGUGACGCCAAUUUUUAUUCUUAAUUUUCUUUACUAUGGUAACCGCCUUAAUCUAGAACUGUCGCCAGGAUGACUGACUAAUAUACGAGUCAAUGGUGAUUUGGAACUGUUAAUUAGAGGCUAACUAAGAUAGCCCGUGCAUGCGGAUAUUUUUCUGAAAUUAAGAAUGUCUGAAAUAUGUGUUGUUCACA